ACUUCUAACAUAAUUCUUAUUUGUAUAUUAUAAAGUAGAGUUAAUACAGCGAAAUUCGGAUGGGAAAGGAUUAUUACAGUAUCCUUGAGAUUCCAAAAACUUCUAGUCUAGACGCCAUAAAAAAAGCCUACAAGAAGUUAGCAUUAAAAUGGCACCCCGAUCGUAACCUGAAUAAAAAAGCAGAGGCAGAAGCAAAGUUCAAAGAAAUAGCUGAAGCAUACGAAGUACUUUCUGACCCGGACAAAAGGAAGAUUUAUGACCAGUUUGGAGAGGAAGGUAUCAGGGGUGGUGCAGAAUUCGCAGAUGGUAGACCCCAGUUUUCCAGGGGUCCAGGUGGUACCAGAACCUAUUACUUCACAUCAGGUGCAACCGACCCAUACAAAAUUUUCGAGCAAUUCUUCGGCAGCGCAAAUGGCAUGGGCCAAUCUCCAUUCUCUUCCAUGGGUUUUGGUGAUGAUAGCAUUUUUCUUGGUGGAAGAUCCAAAAUGGCAUUCAAGAACUCUAAGCUCAAGGAUGCCGUGCGCGAGAUAAAUGUUUCAUUAGAGGAAAUGUAUACUGGAACUGUAAAAAAGCUCAAAAUUACUCGUCGCAUCUGCGAUAACUCCGGACAUUCAACUAAUGACGCGAAAAUCAUCGAAGUAAAAAUACAGCCUGGAUGUAUUGAUGGUCAUACAUUCAAAUUCCAAAAUGCAGGUGACCAGCUGUCCACACAAACCCAAGACGUCCUCGUAGUCGUAAGGCAACUUCCUCACCCUUAUUAUAAGCGACAAGGCGACGAUCUGAUUUUCAAUUGUGACAUUACGCUGUACCAGGCGCUGGUAGGUCACAAACUUAGCAUACCUACCUUACAUGAUCCGAGUACUCAUCAUACUGUCAUGAUCAAGGACGUCAUUAGCCCAGAUUAUGUGCAUCAGCUCCCAGGUUGUGGCAUGCCCACGGCCUCUGGUAGACGAGGAAAUCUCUAUAUCCACUUUAACAUCAAGUUCCCUAAGUCAAUUCCUCCAAAUCAGAGAGAGCAGGUGAAAGCAGCACUAAGGGGACUGCCUUACUAAAAAACCGUUUUGCUAUCCCAAAUGCAGAAUGUAUUUCGAAUACAAAUAAUUGUGUAAAUAAUGUAAUUUUUUUUUAUUUUAGUACCACCC